AAACUAUCUCUCCUUCAACUUCUUUAUCCUCCAUUAUCUCUUCAUCUGUUGUUUGCCUCUAGACUAUAAGGUGUUUUCUGUGGAUCAAAGCUUUUCCCUUCCUUCCUCCUUCCUUAUCUAUUUACUCGUGAUCUCUUGAUUUUGUCAACUUCUACCGUAUUCACCUCACCUAUGUAAACAUUCUCAAGAUGGAAGGACCAAAGGGCUCUAAUGUUUGCCAACAAAUUCUCCCUCCCUCACAAGUUCUUCCCUCAAUCAAAAUUCAAAUCGAUUCAUCCACCAUUCUUCCAAUUGUUGAACCUCACCAAAUUCUCUCCAAGAUUUGUACCAACGGCGAUGCAUCAGUGGCCUCUGAUAAAAUCUUCGACGAAAUCGAUGAGUUGAAAUACGAAAUCAAAUCUCGUGCAGGGACAGCAGUUGUUGUAGCAAACAACAGACCUACAAAAUCAAGAAGAUCUGCUCUCUUAUCCAAAAUCCUCAACUUCCAUCGGAACCCAGCACGUUCAGUUUCGAAAUCAAAAUACUGCCAAACUCCCGAAAUGUCAUCGCCGGAACAUCAUCUUCGCCCCGCUGAGCGGGCAUUCAUGGACCUUGAUACCGCGAGCGAUCUGUUUGUGGAGGAUUACCAAGAAACCAGACAGAUCUCCGCAAGACCUUACCAUUGGCCUCAUGACCGGUCAUUUCAUAGAACCACCACUGCGCUAGUCAUUAUCGACAUGCAAAAAGAUUGUGAGUCUUAUGUUCCCUUCUCUUCCGCCUUGGAGGUGGAAACGAUGUAAGAGAUGCUCUAUGAUUGUUUCCAAAUGGACGCCGACUGCAUGCGGUACGUGAGUCGAUCGGCAACCCUGAGAAUCAUUUGUCAUUACGACAUUGUUUGGUACACCCCAGAAACACGUUUAUAGGACUAUUGCACCCCAAGCCUUUUGAUUUCAAUGAAUCUACCUUGAAAAUAAGCAAAUAUGUAAAAGAACCUACUAAUUUUAGUUUACUACAGUUGCCUCCGACAAAGGAUAUCUAAAGAAUCAAGGUAUUGACAAUCAACCAAUCCUCGAUAUUGUUCCUAAUAUUCGCAAACUUCUCGAUGCUUGCCGAGCAAAAGGUUUCACUGUUUACCAUACGCGCGAAGGCCACCGAUCUGACCUGUCAACACUUUCCAAACGCGAGCAUUUUCGCUCAAGAAACAACGGGAACCGCCUUGGUAUUGGUGACCCCGGCCCACUAGGACGUCUCCUAAUUCGCGGGGAGGAAGGCCACGAGAUUAUCGAUGAAUUAGCCCCUCGACCGAAUGAGCAAAUCAUUGAUAAGCCUGGUCGGAGUGCAUUCCAACAUACAGAGUUUCAGCUUAUGCUAAGCGUCAAGGGAAUUAGGAACCUAAUUUUCUGCGGUGUAACAACGGACGUUUGUGUAAUGAGUACGAUGAGGGAAGCCAACGAUAAUAACUUCGAUUGCGUCCUGGUAGAAGAUGCGUGUGCUGCUGGUGUCUAUGAGCAUCACAAAAGUGCUGUUGAGUCGAUUACUGAAGAAGGGGGGAUAUUUGGCGCUGUCACAACGGUGGAAGAUGUUUUGGCGAAAAUGGAUAGGCUCCUGGAGGUAAUUGAGCCUGAAUCUGUGACUUCUCAUCCAAUUCCAGCAGAAACGAAUGCGGAUGAUGAAUCAAAGACCGCUCAUUCAAAUUCGGCAGGGGUGGACAGAUCAAAACCCGUCCCCGGAACUGUCAUUGGAGAAAAUCGGCCCUCUGCCGGAAAACAAUUUUCCCAAAUGUCCUUGGCUGAACCUGCACCGGAAGUAGGGGAUUAUAUUGACGACGGCACGUAUCGCCGCAAGUCCACGCAAGGAAUCUCAGAUCAAUCAAAGCCUCCUGUACGUACCAGAAAAGUAUCUGCUUCUCAAAGGAUGGGCAUGGCUUAUCCACACGAAGGGAAUGGAGAGAACUCCGUGGCUCGAAGAAUGGAUGUCUCCGACAACGAGGAGAAUACAAUGCCCACUAUUAUGCACAAUGGCAAGCGGCUUGAAAAUUUAAAAUAAUUACACUUCGCACCGAUUAAGUUUUCACGGGGCGCACGUUUCUAAUAAAUUUCAGGA